AAACCACUGUUUAUAGUAAACGCUGUUGUUUUUUUCCUCUCCUACUUUUCAUACUUCCCUCUUUCUUCUUUCAUCUCUUUUCUCUGUACCAGUUGAAAAUGAACACAGAACUUUAAACAAACACUAUACACUACUACUCCUCUAUAGUAGCCAUAUUAGCCAUGGCGUUUCAGGACCAUUUUUCUCAAGAAAUGGCUACCCUUCAUCAACAACAACAAAACGCCGCCGUUUUACGUUCCAUGUUACCUGAAGAUCAUCAAUCUCCUCGAAAAUCCCCUCCUACUUGGCUCAACACUUCUCUUCUUCGUCAACAUAGCUCCGCCGCCGCCGGAGGCAACGGCAACAACUUCCUCCAUCUCCAAACCUCCAACUCUGACUCCUCCAACUCUAACAACCAGUGGCUUUCUCCUACCGCCGCUGCAUCCGCUGGCGGCGGCGGAGGAGGAGGAGAAGAGCAUAACGAUGUGAACACAAAUAAUAAUAGCAAUAGUAAUAAUAAUAAUGAGGAAGGUGAGAACUCGUGGGAGAGAGAGAAGUGUAAAGCGGAUAUAUUGAAUCAUCCUUUAUACGAUCAGUUACUGUCGGCACACGUGUCUUGCCUGAGAAUCGCAACGCCGGUGGAUCAACUGCCGCGGAUUGACGCGCAGUUAGCUCAGUCGCAGAACGUGGUGGCUAAGUACUCUGUUCUCGGCCAAGGUCAACCGCCUCUAGAUGAUAAAGACCUCGAUCAAUUUAUGACACAUUACGUUCUGUUGCUCUCUUCAUUUAAAGAACAACUGCAACAACAUGUUCGUGUUCAUGCAAUGGAAGCAGUCAUGGCUUGUUGGGAGCUAGAACAAUCUCUGCAAAGUUUAACAGGAGUAGCUCCAGGGGAAGGUACAGGAGCAACCAUGUCUGAUGAUGAUGAUGACCAGGCAGAUAGUGACACUAACUUUUUGGAUGGAGGUUUUGAUGGAUCAGAUAGCAUGGGCUUUGGUCCUCUUGUACCUACUGAAAGUGAAAGGUCCUUAAUGGAGCGUGUUAGGCAAGAACUCAAGCAUGAGCUCAAACAGGGUUAUAAGGAAAAGAUUGUUGACAUUAGAGAAGAAAUAUUACGAAAAAGACGAGCAGGAAAGCUGCCUGGUGACACUACAUCUGUAUUGAAAGCUUGGUGGCAAUCACAUUCUAAGUGGCCUUAUCCAACUGAGGAAGAUAAAGCGCGAUUAGUGCAAGAAACAGGUUUGCAGCUAAAGCAGAUCAACAAUUGGUUUAUUAACCAAAGGAAAAGGAACUGGCAUAGCAAUCCAUCGACGUCUACUUCCCAGAAAAGCAAACGCAAGAGUAGUGCAGGUGAAAUCAAGCAGUGAAAGACUGAUGAAGUCUGAGAAUAUGAAGUUCUUUUAUGUUGUAGCAGAAAGCCAGUGUAAAGCUGAUUAGCAAACCAAACAUGAAUGACUAGAAUUGGGAACUGAACUACACUAAGUUUUUGGCAGAUGAAUUGAAGUAAAUUCACCACUGAAGUUCCCAACUGACUUGGUUGACUAAAAUAUGCUUUAGAAAGAGUAUAGGUGUUUGUGAGAGUAAUAGCACUUAUUUAUGAGGUUUUUAUGUCAAAGCCUUUUUAGUACAACAGGUUUCAGUUUAUAUAAUUUUGUUUCUACCACUUAUUGGAGGCUAUGUAAUUCUGAAUUGCUAGUGUUGCUCAUUUUUGUGAAUAGAAGUUGUAGAAUAUAAUUAGAUUAUCCAAA